AUGGUUCCCACCUCUGGCACUGUCGAUACAAGUCACAUCAAAGCUGCAGCUCAGAAGGAUCUUUUAGACCUUCUUUUGGGCGUGCGUGGGAAAAAGGUUCUGGUUCUCGACAAGUCGCUCAGCGGCCCUCUUGGUCUCUUUCUAAAGUUUUCGGCCCUUCAAGAACAUGGCGUCGACAAAAUAUUCUGGAUUGAUGACGGCGUGAUCGAAGCUACACAAAAGAACAUAGUGUUUCUAGUACGGUGCACAGUUAAGAAUGCAUAUGCGAUAGCAGCUCACGUCAAAAAAAAUGCCAAAAUCCCUGGUCAAGAAUUCGAGUAUAAUGUCCUAUUCGUUCCCCGACGGACACUUGUAUGCGAAAAGAUUCUUGAGGAUGAGGGUGUGCUAGGCGAUGUAACACUUGGCGAAUUCCCUCUUCAUUUCCUCGCAUUGGAGCCCGAUCUCCUUUCAUUGGAGCUUGAGGAUUCUUUUGAAGAGCUGUACCUUCGCAAGGAUUAUACGUCUAUAUUUUACUCAGCCCGUGCACUGAUGGGCAUUCAACGUCGGUACGGACUAUUCCCACGCAUAAUAGGGAAAGGUGACUGCGCAAAACGCCUGGCAGAUGCCUUAAUUCGUAUGCGAGGCGAAGAGGAUGCGUCCGAUACCAAUCUUUUUGCCCUAACCCCAAGCAGCAUACUUGGAGAAUUGAUAGUGGUGGACAGGGAAUCAGACAUGGUGACCCCGCUAUUAACACAGCUCACUUAUGAAGGGUUAAUUGACGAGACAAUCGGGAUCCACAAUUCAAAGAUAGAGUUGGAUGCCGCCCUUGUAGGCCCUCCGCAGCAGCAGCAAGGUGCUGCCACAUCUUCAUCAUCGUCAUCUGCUGCAGCUCCUGCAUCGUCUUCCAAACAGAAGAGACCAGUUCUUUUAAGCUCGGAGGAUAAACUGUUUGAGAAUUUACGGGACACUAAUUUUGCAAUUGUGGGGAAUUUGCUUAAUAAGGUAGCUAGAAGGCUCAACGACGACUAUGAGGGUCGUCAUCAAGCAAAAACAGUCUCAGAGAUUCGUGAUUUUGUGAGCAAACUUGGUGGCCUACAACAAGAGCACCAAUCACUAAGGCUGCAUACGGGUCUAGCCGAGGAAAUAAUGAAACAUACUCGCUCCGACAUCUUUAAUAAGAUUCUCGAAGUUCAGCAAAAUCUUGCAGCGGGCGUCGAUCCGUCCAGUCAACAUGACGCUAUAGAAGAAUUAAUUUCACGGAAUGCCCCAGUAGAAGCCAUUUUGCGCCUUCUGUGUAUCGAAUCCCUUAUUAGUCAAGGGCUGAAGCCAAAGGAUCUUGAAAAUUUCAAAAGAGAGAUUCUUCAUGCCUACGGAUAUAACCAUGUAUUGACUCUUGAUGCACUCGAGAAGCUCCAACUUCUCCAGUCUCGUACAACACUUGCCGCAUCAGGCGUUGUAAGAACGAACUACACAAACCUUCGAAAGACGUUGAAGUUGAUUGUGGACGAAGUGAACGAGCAUAACCCCGACGACAUAUCAUACGUCUACUCUGGUUAUGCACCAUUGAGCAUCCGAUUAAUCCAAUGUAUCAUCCAAAAGCCGCUCAUGACCGCCACUGCAAAAGGGGCAAAUGCGGGUGUAAAUACUGGCGCGGCAGGUUGGAAAGGGUUCGAAGAUGUUCUCAAGAGCAUAAAGGGAAAAACAUUUGACGAGUUUCAGAGAGGAGAAGAUAAAGCUGUUAGGGCGAGGAAUAUAUUAAACGGACAGGCCGAGAAGAAGGUUACCGUCGUCUUCUUCGUUGGAGGCUGCACUUUUACGGAGAUUGCAGCGUUGAGAUUUAUUGCCAAGCGUGAAGAAGCUCGACGACAAAUCCUCAUCGGCACAACUGCUAUUAUUAAUGGUAAUAAGAUGAUGCGGGCGGCAAUCGCAUAA